GUCCCUCAGCGGCGGCGCGGGGGCUCCGCGCGUACCCGGCACGCACCGCCCGCCGCUCGCGCCGCUGGCGGCCCCGCCCCCGCCGCCGCCGGAGCCGCGGGGCCAUGGCUGCGCUGAGGGACUGCCGGGCCUGGCAGGAUGCUGGACUCGUCCUGUCCACGACCAGCAAUGAAGCCUGUAAGCUCUUCGAUGCUGUGCUGACACAGUAUGCAACUUGGAGCAAUAAUGAGAGCCUUGGAGGUAUUGAUGGAUGUCUCUCCAAGCUAAAGGCAGCAGAUCCAAACUUUACAAUGGGACAUGUCAUUGCCAAUGGCUUGGAGCUGAUUGGCACUGGAAGGACCGUGAGGCUCGACAAGGAGCUGGACAGCGCCGUGAGAGCCAUGGUGGCACUUUCCAAGUCACAGCCACUGACAGAGCGGGAGAGGCUUCAUGUCUCAGCGUUGGACGUGUUUGCCAGGGGCCAACUUCCAAAAGCUUGUGAGCUGUGGGAGCAGAUUCUGCAGAGCCACCCAACUGACCUGCUAGCCCUCAAAUUUUCCCAUGACACUUAUUUCUACCUGGGAUAUCAACGUCAGAUGCGAGAUUCUGUUGCCCGUGUUUAUCCUUUCUGGACACCUGAUGUUCCACUGAGCAGCUAUGUGAAGGGCUACUACUCUUUUGGACUCGUGGAAACAAACCUUUUUGACCGUGCUGAGAAGGUUGCCCUUGAGGCUUUGGCUAUAAAUCAGACAGAUGCAUGGUCUGCCCAUACUAUAGCUCAUGUAAAUGAAAUGAAAGCAGAGGUGGAGAAAGGCUUACAAUUCAUGAAGGAAACCGAAAGUAACUGGAAGAGCAGUGAUAUGCUUGCUUGCCAUAAUUACUGGCACUGGGCUUUAUACUACAUUGAAAAGGGGGAAUAUGAAGCUGCUUUGACAAUUUAUGACCAGCAUAUUGCUCCCGUGUGCCUGGCAAGUGGAAGCAUCCUGGAUAUAGUUGAUAACAGUUCAAUGCUGUACAGGCUUCAUCUGGAAGGUGUAAAGCUUGGGGACAGGUGGAAUGAUCUGCUUGGGGUUACGAAGAAGCACACCAAGGAUCACAUUCUUCUGUUCAAUGAUGUGCACUUCUUGAUGUCUUUCCUUGGAGCCAAAGACCACAAAACUACUGAGGAGCUUUUAACAACUCUGCAGGAACUUGCCAAAGCACCUCGUGAAGACCACCAGCUUUCCCUGGCUCCUCGUUUGGGGCUGCCACUGUGCCAGGCUUUUGUGGAGUUUGAAAAUGGGAAUUGUGACAAAGCUGUAGACCUGCUGUACCCAAUCCGUUAUGAACUAGUCCAAGUGGGAGGCAGUGAUGCUCAGAGAGAUGUUUUCAGCCUGUUAUUGAUUCAUGCUGCUUUAAAUUCUAAAUCAAAGGCCAAACAAAACCUUGCAAGGUGUCUCCUGCACGAGCGCGAUAUGAUGAGACCCAAGUCACCAAUGACUGAGCGACUGAUCAGGAAGGCAGCAGCUGUGCAUUCCAUGGCAUAGAGCUUUCCUCCAGCUUCAGCUGGAAGAGCCAGGAGCUUUCC